UGAGGAGGUGAGAAGUUACGAUCGAGAGGCAGAGAACUCACAGGGAGCAGCGGCGGCAAGAGGCCUUCAUUCCUAGCGGUUCGUUUAUUUAUUGUGGUGCAGCAUUCAAGAUGAACGGGAUGACGAGAAGUCUGUGCACCUUUGAGGACGUGAGGAACCAAGAAUAUGUGGAGGGGUGCAGGCGACUGCGGCUCACACUCCACGACCAGAGCGAGGCGGCUCGGAGCUCGGAGCAGCACCGGGACAAGCCAGUCGGGCGAGCUUUUGCAGUGGUGCAGCCAGCCAGUGAGCGGCCGACUCUGAGCGCAGAGCCUGUGAAGUCCACAGAGGAGCAGGUGGAGACCAUAAAGGUGUAUCUGGAGGCUCGCAGACAAGAGCAGCAGAACCAACAGCAGAACCUGAAGAUGCUGUCAGACGAAGUCUCACAGAUACAGGAGGUGAGGUAUUGCCUGAAAACCCUGAGGGAGCAGAUGGCAGCUAAAAGCAAGCCGCACACAAACGGGUGGAAGGUCAGCAUUCCUUUCAGAAAGAGCUCCUCGUCCGUCCCCAAAGAAUCGGCCAGAGCCAACACGCAGGAUGUAGACGACGAAGCGGAGAGAGACAACCUGAGAGAGGUCAGCAAGCGCUUAUAUGCUCAGCUGCAGGAUGCAGAGAAAAAACAUCUGGAGGAGAAAGAGAAACUCCAGGCUGAGGGCUACCAGCUUAAAAAACGUCUCAGUGAGCAGGAGAAGAAGUUGAGGAGUGCAGAGGAAGCAGGCGAUCAGAAGGACUUGCGCAUCGAAGAGCUCCAGAGGCUUCUGGGAGGAAUGGAGCAGGAGAGCGCCACCCUCAGGGAGGAAUUCCAACGCCGUGAGAACGAACUGAAGGAGCUGCGGAGGAUCAGAGAAGAUGGCCACAAAGGGGAGCAAAGGUCUGAACAGUUGGAGAAAGAGGUCGCUAUUCUCAAAGAAAAGAUCCACCAUCUGGAUGAUAUGCUGAAAAGCCAACAGAGGAAAGUCAGACACAUGAUUGAACAGCUCCAGAACUCGCGCAUGGUGCUUCAGGAGCGGGACCGCGUGAUCAAAGACUUGGAGGAGAAAGUGGCGUUUUUGGAAGCCGAGAAUCGAGAAAUGCAUGACCAGGUGGACUACUUUCUGGGAGGACAAAGGCCAAAAUCCUACCAUUCAUCGGAGCGCAACCCCCAGAUUGUUUACAGUAAGCCACUGAAGCUGUCCACCUCCUCCAACAAACCGCUCCCUUUCAUCAAAGUCAUCGAGAUCAAGUCAUGAAGGAUGGAAAGAAAAGAGGAGAAGGACAGAGGAGCACUUACACACCACCUGACUGCAGAAUUUAGACAGCAGCUCUGCUGACAACAGACUGACCUAUAAGGAGAUCAGAGCUGAGCCUUCCAAUACUGCAGCUGCAACUUCACUAACUUUCAAUUUUCAAUUGACCUCCUUUUCCUUGCUCUGGUUUGGUGACCCGUUUAGCAUUUAUGAUGUCGUAUGAAAACUGCAUCUUUAUCGUUUUACAAGUUCACAGCCUCAUAAAGUAAUGUAGCAUCAAUGUAAUGAAGAUGAAGUGGUGUCAUGACAACAAAACAUGCUAACUGGUCCUGAAUUUUGUGUUUUAAUAGUUACUCACCCAUGACUGCAGUUGUUGUGCCUAUGAUAUUGUGCUUUGAAAAGUAGCUGUUGACUAUAUUAAAAACUAUUUGGAUUUUGUUUCAUUAGUGAUUGAACUAAAAAAAAGGCACUUUAGACACUCAAAUGAAAGAUAGUGCAUUUGUGUUUUAGCCUUCUCAGCACCUCUAGACUUCAAUUCCCCAUCAUUUUGCUUUUGUACAGAUGUUUUGUUGUUUGUGAUGCGGUGUUUUAAUUUUUUAACUUCCCUGUGUUUUAUUUAUUUAUUUUAAUAACCUGUCAACUGUUUGAUAGAGACGCUUGUAAAAAGGCUAAUCUGUAAUAUGCGUUUGUGCUUUUCUGAAUAAAAGGCUUUGAAUUAA